GCGGGGCCAGGGACGUUAAUCAAUCCAUUGCUGUCCAGAGCUUCACUGCACGAGCAGCAGACCUGUGGAUCUCUCACUUAAAAUCACUGGAGAACAUCCAUCAGAAUUGUUCUGGGUCUGUUUGCAUGGACAUUAAGAAUUUAAUUUUCAUUGUGAGCACAUACAUUUUGGGAUCUAUUCACUAUAUGUGAUCUGAACAGUGGUUUUGAGAAGAAAGAUUUUAAGGAUCACAUUUAAGAUAGAGAGAGGAUUCGAAAUGGAAGAAGAGAUGAAAGACAAAGAUCUCAGGAAAAGGGUGCCAUAUCACAUUCAGAGAGAGGUACUGGAUGAGCUCGGUGUUGACCAAGUUGCUGAGAAAUCGGAUUUCAAAAUUUCAGCAAAAGAAAAACUCAAAGAUGCUGUCAGGUGUACAGGCCCAAGGUUUAAGAGCUGUUUUCUAUCAUUUGUUCCUCUCCUGGCUUGGCUGCCACGAUACCCAUUUCGAGAAAAUGCUAUUGGAGAUCUAAUUUCAGGAAUCAGUGUGGGAAUCAUGCACCUGCCGCAAGGUAUGGCAUAUGCUUUGCUGGCUGCGGUCCCUCCUGUUUUUGGUCUGUAUUCCUCCUUCUACCCCAUUCUCAUCUACUUCAUAUUUGGAACAUCUAAACACAUUUCUGUGGGUACAUAUGCAGUUAUGAGUGUCAUGAUUGGCAGCGUGACAGAGCGUUUGGCUCCAGACUCAGACUUCCUGAUACCAGGCAAUGACACCAACGGCACCAGCUUGGACAUUGUCAGCCGUGAUGCAGAGAGGGUCAAGAUCGCGGCCACUGUGACUUUCUUAUCUGGCAUUUUCCAGUUGCUCCUCGGCUUGGUUCGGUUUGGUUUUGUGGUAACGUAUCUCUCAGAGCCAUUGGUGAGAGCUUAUACAACAGCGGCCGCCAUUCACGUUAUCGUCUCCCAGCUCAAAUAUUCCUUUGGCAUCAAUCCACAGCGGUAUAGUGGACCUUUGUCUCUUAUAUAUACAGUCAUAGAGGUUUGUGCAUUGCUUGGACAGACUAAUAUUGGUACUCUGGUAGUUAGCAUUGUAACCAUCAUAGGUCUGAUUGGUGCAAAGGAACUUAGUGCCUUGGCGGCACGCAAAAUCCCUAUUCCGAUUCCUGUUGAGCUGAUGACUAUUGUUAUCGCUACUGUGGUGUCGUGGCAAAUGAAUUUGAAGACUAAAUAUGGUGUUGAAGUGGUUGGAGAAAUCCCAUCAGGUCUGCAGGCUCCUGUGGUGCCCGCUGUCUCACUGUUGGGUUCAAUGGUCGGUGAUGCUUUUGCACUGGCUGUUGUUGGUUAUGGUAUUGCUAUCUCACUGGGUAGAAUUUUCGCCCUCAAAUAUGCCUACAAAGUCGACAGUAACCAGGAGCUCAUAGCGUUGGGUCUGUCUAACUCCAUUGGAGGCUUAUUCAAUUGUUUUGCUAUCAGCUGCUCUAUGUCUCGCAGCAUGGUGCAGGUCAGCACAGGGGGGAAGUCACAGGUGGCUGGAGCGAUUUCUGCUGUGGUUAUUCUAGUGAUCUUGUUAAAGAUUGGCGAACUAUUUGAGGAGCUGCCAAAGGCUGUGCUGGCUGCUAUAAUCUAUGUAAACCUUCAAGGCAUGAUGAAGCAGUUUGGAGACAUCUGCUCUCUCUGGAGGACCAACAAAGUGGAUAUGGUAGUGUGGGUGAUGACUAUGAUCUUGACAGUGUUGUUUAAUCCUGAUAUGGGACUUGCUGCAUCUAUUGCCUUCUCCAUCCUCACUGUCGUCUUCAGAACUCAGCUACCAAAAUACUCUAUUCUUGGCCAGGUUCCUGGCACUGACAUCUACAAACCAGUAGAGGACUACAAUCAGGUGAAGGAGAUUCCUGGUAUAAUGAUUUUCCGUUCAUCUGCAACAUUGUACUUUGCCAAUGCUGAAAUGUACAUUGAUGCACUCUAUGAGAAGACUGGGGUAGACGUGGCUAAACUUCUCUCACACAAGAAAAAACUGGAAGCAAAGAGACUCAGAAAAGAAAAGAAAGCUGCAAAGAAAGCAAAGAAAGAAGCCAAGAAAAGAGCUAAAGAAGCUGUUAAAGCUGCUAAGGGUGAGGAACCACAGUUUUCAGACACAGAUGAAAGUGGGGAAGAAGCAGAGGGAAAUGGGGAUGUGCAUACGUUGUCAGUCAAAGAUCCAAAGGAUGUCACUGCUGUGGAGGUGGGGCCUGACCCUGACACUGACAGCCCACUGCCACGGGCAAUCAUUCUUGACCUGAGCCCUGUCAACUUCCUGGAUACAGUUGGUGUGAAGACUCUACGCAAUAUCUAUAAAGAUUAUGGAGAGGCUGGUGUACAGGUGUACUUAUGUGGCUGCCAGAGAGGUGUUGUAGAGAGUAUGGAGAAGGGCGAUUUCUUCAACGAGAAAGUAACUAAAUCGAUUCUCUUCUCAUCGGUACAUGAUGCCGUUCUUUACUGUCAACAAGGAAACAGUGAGGAGGUUAUGCAGGGAACACAUUUGUAAAUCCAAACACCAAACAUGAUACAGAACACAGAGCUGGAUUGUUAUUUAUUGUGUAUUUCAUCAUAGGGAAGAAUAAGUUAAGGAGGUGUUUAGAUGAAUAAUUUUUGUUUGUUUGUUUAAAUAAUAAACAGAGACUCUUUUGAAUGUGAAAUAUCUAAAAAUGAAUCUGCCAUAGAAUGUUAUUGUGCAAGACAAGUAAACUGUAAAUCUAUGUUUUUUUUUUUAAUUUCACUUAACUGUGAAACAUCUAAGAAACAAGUUUAUUCCAGGUUGUGACACUGUGUAGAGUUCCAGGUACAUAAAUGAAUAUUACACACAGUUUUCACAAUAUAAUCAGACUCCUGGAAAGUUCCCAUUUUAGCAAUGUACAAUGCUGUUCAAAGGUUUGGGGUCAGUAUUUCUUUUUCUUUUUUUUUUUUAAUUGAUCAAAAGUGUCAGUAAAGACAAUUAAAAUGUUACAAAAGAUUUCUGUCAAAUAGAAGCUGUAGUUUUGAAAUUUCUAUAUUCUUAAAAAUAUGUAUCAUGGCUUCUACAAAAUAUUAAGCUGCACAACUUUUUCAACAUUAAUAAUAUGUUUUUUAGCAUCAAAUCAGCAUAUUAGAAUGAUUCUUAAAGUAUUAUGUGACACUGAAGACUGGAGUAAUGGUUGAUGAGAAUUCAGCUUUGCAUAACAUGAAUAAAUUAAUUUGGGGGCGGGGGGGGGAAUGGAAACAGUAAUUUUAAAAUGUAAUAUUUCACAAUAUUACUGCAUUUGUCAUCAAAAAAUGCAAUUGGCAAACAUAAGAGACUUCUUUCAAAAACAUGAAAAAAAUCUUUGCGACCUCAAUCUUUUGAAUGGUAGUGUAAUUACCAUUUAAAAAUAAAAAUAAAAUCAGUUUAUGUAUUUUACUAUGUAUAAGCUAUGUAUGCUGUUUGUUAACUUUAUAUGCUUGUGUAUUUAGAAUCAUUCUAACUUAAAUAAACAGUCAUUUUCUUA